GCUUUGAAUGUCGAGUAAACAUUCUUACUGUGAUUCGUUCUUUGAUUAAUAUCCUGUGUUAUCGUAUGAAGCUACUGUAGGUUGAAUUAAAAAUGCAAACGAUGCAUCGCAUUCUAGCUUUCUUCGACCUAGCUGCAGAUCUGUAGCUCUCUGGUUGAAAAAAUUCGGAUAGACCAUCAACAUAGGCGCGGAUCAUGUGUAUCUUAAUUUUUCGCAGCAAGAUCAGGAAAAUCACCAUCAACAAACUUAGACACAGGAAGACUUGUCACAGAUAACCAAGACCAAUUAGUCCGUUUUUAAAAACUUAACAAGGAUGUAGGGCUGGACUGUCUUUAGAGGUUCUCAAUUCCAUUCUAACUUCUUAAUCAUGGCCAUGGCUGACCGCCGUACAGAGGAAAGGACAGAAAUCAGUUAUGCGCUUAUCACUAAUACGGAUAAUAAAGUUGAAGAAAAAUCCUUCAUCAAAAAAAUUGACAAAACUUACAAAAAAUCGAGAGUCUGUUCCCCGCUGAGGCAAGCCGUAUGUGGACAAAAAAAAUCCAGGGAUGGUCCGCGGUGUUUGGACCCGAAAAAAAGAACCGUAAACCAAGGGAAUAAACCCCUUUACCAUAAACUGAAAAAUAGUACCGAUGAAAAAAGAUUGCAAACUGUGUGUUCUUCUGAAAAGACACAAUAUCCUAAGAAAGUAUCCUUUAAUCAAGCAGUGUACCAAAAAACCUUUACAGUAAGCCCUGAACAAUUUCAAACAGAUUUUUUAAGUUAUGAUUACCAAACUUCUGAAAGUCAGAAACUGACACUGGACCCUAAAUCUAGUCAGCUAGUACUGUCUAUGUCCGGAAAGAGAUCCAGAGUCGUGCAACCUGAACAAACAAUGUUCUUUUCCUGUACCGACGAGCAGCUAGCUCUCCAUACAAUGCGAUGCUCGAUCUAUUCCAGCCUUGGGGGUAGUUGGAGCAUUAUCAAUCCUGAUGAAUGUAAACGGGUUUGUUUCCAAUGUUUCAAUAAACAGAGGGUGGAAAAGUUUGACGAUCUCACCCCAGGGGAUCAUAUUGCAAUCCACCGCGUUGCUGGAUACGAACAUCAUGCUAUUGUAAUCGAGGUACAUCCUAGUUCAGAGGACAACACGCGGGGACUUCUCAGAGUAAUUCAUCGCAGUGCGCAUGCGAAGACAGUUGUCAAAGGAAUAUUGUUGUGCAUGAUCACCAUUGGCCAGUAUGGAAACCUAGCUUAUUUACGGGAAGAAAACGUGAAAUAUAAUCUGAAAAAGGAUGACGUGUAUAUCAUUCAAUAUAAAAACAAACCUUUUACGCGUUCGAAAAUUAUUAGACGAGCUCGUGCUGAAGUGGAAAGAGAUGACACACACUUUAACAUCGCCGCUGACAACUGCGAGCAUUUUGCUAACUGGUGUGCAACGGGAGAAUAUUAUAGUCACCAAAUAGGGCUUAUUAAAGGGGCUUUACAGAACUUGCUGUAUUCUGACAAUGAGGGAUAUAACAGGAUGCUGAACUAUCUCUCCGAGAAUGGCUUGAUGUGUGAUGACUGUUUAAAAGAGGCUCGAAAAGUUCAAGAAAAAUGUCGACUUAACCAAGCAUAACUUAAUAUAUAGUCCCUCAUGAGCCCUCAUGUGAGCUUUUCUGAUCAACACUUUCCACUGUCUGUCGUUGGCGUGUAAACAUAUUUCACAUUUUAUAUCAUUCAGAAUAUCUUGAGAUAUUUUAACCUAACAGAUCAUCUAUACAGUUUCAAAUGUUACAAUUGAACAAUCUUGAUAAAAUUAGUUCAAACCAUGUUCUCCCAAUCAAUCAAGGAGCUCAGGAAAUUAGAAAAUUAUAUAAGAAAAAACUACUGAAAAAGUUUAUUCCCACGAAUUUCUCUGCUUAAGAUUGUAUUUUUUGAUUUACUGGGCAAAUUUCAUAAACAAGUGUGACCCCGGGUCAAUUAUGGCGCCGAGUUCAUAAACGCAUUUUUAAGCCUCUUUUAAUAAAACAAAAUAGUAAUAUUACAAAUGAAGUAUCUUGAGAUGGUAAAAAUACAUAAAAAUUUCAAACAAAGACCACAUGCUCAAUUAUUGGCCAGAGGGGAAAAACUUAAAACUUUUCUUCCAAAGAACAGCAUUGUAUGAUCUGUGAUAUAUAUAACUUGUUUUGUUUUUUGAUACUGCUCGUUUGUCAGACGAUAUAUUUACCAUAAUGAAAAUGGUGAUUUCCAACAAGAAACUUUAAUUUUUCUUCUUUGAUUUUUUUUCAAUUCUUCACCGGAGUAAAAAUAUCUGCCUUUGGAAAUUUAAAUCCUGAUAGGAAAUGAACAAGCCCUUCAGGGUUUUGAAGUCUAAUAGGGAUUUUUUCAUAAAGGAAAACUACUUAAUUUAUCAGUAUCGAAUUCCUCUAGGAAUUACUUUUAAACCUUUGGGAAAUGAAAUUCCUAUAUGAUUAUUAAAAAAGGGAUUUUCUAUUUAUCAUUUAGGAAUAAAUCAAAUAUUUCUCUACCGGAAUUAUUAUAAUCUUUCAAUGGUAUAACAUUAGGAAUACAAAUGAAUUUAUGAGGUGCAAAAAUGGCAUUUUGGUACUUUGAUAAUUUUUUUGACCGUUGCUUAUAGUUUAGCAAUGUGUCCCAUAGGUCUCUGUUUUUAAGACUCUUUUUCAAAAAUUGAUUCAAUGUUUAUGCAUGAUAUCCACCUGCAAUAUGUGUUCACUAUAUUUAAUACUCUCUUUUUUU